UCCGGACCAUGUCCUCCCGCAGCCCCCGGCCCCCGCACCGCCGCUGCCGCCGCCGCCUGCCGCGCCCCUCCUGCUGUUGCUGCUGCUGCCGCCGCUCACACCUCAACGAGGACACGGGCCGCUUCGUGCUGCUGGCGGCGCUCAUCGGCCUCUACCUGGUGGCGGGCGCCACCGUCUUCUCGGCACUCGAGAGUCCGGGCGAGGCGGAGGCACGGGCGCGCUGGGGCGCCACGCUGCGCAACUUCAGCGCGGCGCACGGCGUGGCCGAGCCGGAGCUGCGCGCCUUCCUCCGGCACUACGAGGCCGCGCUGGCAGCCGGCGUCCGAGCCGAUGCGCUGCGCCCGCGCUGGGACUUCCCCGGCGCCUUCUACUUCGUGGGCACAGUGGUGUCGACCAUAGGUUUCGGCAUGACCACCCCCGCCACGGUGGGCGGGAAGGCCUUCCUCAUCGCCUAUGGGCUGUUUGGCUGCGCCGGGACCAUCCUGUUCUUCAACCUCUUCCUGGAGCGCAUCAUCUCGCUGCUGGCCUUCAUCAUGCGCGCCUGCCGGGAGCGCCAGCUGCGCCGAAGCGGCUUGCUGCCGGCCACCUUCCGCCGCGGCUCCGCGCUCUCGGAGGCCGACUGCCUGGCAGGCUGGAAGCCCUCGGUGUACCACGUGCUGCUGAUCCUGGGCCUGUUCGCCGUGCUGCUGUCUUGCUGCGCCUCGGCCAUGUACACCAGCGUGGAGGGCUGGGACUACGUGGACUCGCUCUACUUCUGCUUCGUCACCUUCAGCACUAUCGGCUUCGGGGACCUGGUGAGCAGCCAGCACGCCGCCUACCGGAACCAGGGGCUCUACCGCCUGGGCAACUUCCUCUUCAUCCUGCUCGGCGUGUGCUGCAUCUACUCGCUCUUCAACGUCAUCUCCAUCCUCAUCAAGCAGGUGCUCAACUGGAUGCUGCGCAAGCUGAGCUGCCGCUGCUGCGCGCGCUGCUGCCCCGCGCCCGGCGCGCCCCUCGCCCGGCGCAACGCCAUCACCCCGGGCUCCCGGCUGCGCCGCCGCCUGGCCGCACUCGGCGCCGACCCCGCGGCCCGCGACAGCGACGCCGAGGGCCGCCGCCUGUCAGGAGAGCUCAUCUCCAUGCGCGACCUCACGGCCUCCAACAAGGUGUCGCUGGCGCUGCUGCAGAAGCAGCUGUCGGAGACGGCCAACGGCUACCCGCGCAGCGUGUGCGUCAACACGCGCCAGAACGGCUUCUCGGGCGGUGUGGGCGCGCUGGGCAUCAUGAACAACCGCCUGGCCGAGACCAGCGCCUCCAGGUAGACGCGCAAACUGUCGCGCCACGGACCCUCAAGCAGGCCGGCGUGCAGCCGGGCGGCGUUUGCUCUCCUCUCAGACGCUGGCGCUUUCUUAACCUUUAUCCAAUAAAAUGAAACAAAAAAAAAAAUUUUUUUUUUUAAAGAAAUACUAUUUGGCCAGGCCUGAUGUUAUCAAGGGCAGGUUUUGGGGGAGCCUGUUAUUCUUGUGGGUCCCCUUCUUGGAGAACCGUGGUCCCCAGCAGAUUCUCCUCUGGGGAGAGAAAAAGUGGCACCCCAGACCCUUGCCUGGUGCACACAGCAGCCAGGGGAGUGCCGCCCCUGAGUUUUGCAGACUGGCACUAAACCCCGCCUCCAUGCACAUAAGCAGCUGGCAACCCCAAAGCAUAUGGUGCAACUUUCCAUGGCUCCGAAUUACCUCCGCAGCAUUUAGAAUCCUGGCCCAGCCUAGCAGCUUCCUUCUGGUCGUCAGAAAUGAUAUAGUCACAGUUAUGACAGGUGGGGGUGGGGAGAGCCAUAUGUUGCCUCCUGAUGUAUAUAUAUAGAACAGCCGCUACACACAGAGAAUGGUGUAGUAUUAUGCAAUGAGAUGAAACACAGCACCAACUUGCAGACUGUGGCAUUUCCCAGAGACCUGGGAACUGCCAUGGUAAGGGGCUUAGAGGCCUUUCUCAGCCUGGAGUUAGUCCACUUAGAACAUGGAGCUGGCCAACUCUUUUUAAGGAGGGAAGGCCUGGAGUGGUCUGCAGGGCUCAUUCAGGCUACAGGAGCCCAGCUCUGCCUCAGCCGGCUGAUCUCUGUGGCUCAGGGUGCAUCUCUGAAUCCCCUCAACUCUCCUUCCUUUCACCAGCAUCAUCCACGGGAAUGCUUUUUGUUGUUAGCCAGGAACAUCUGAGUCUUCUCAAACAAGAUUUUUCUUUGUUGGUGGGGAUUUUUUUUCUCAACCUUUUUUUCCCUUGUAGAGAGCCUGAGGGGUGCAGAGCACCCCCUCCAGCUGCCCCUCCCCUGCAGCAGGGCUCUGCUAGCUGCACCGGUGGGCACCAGGGCCUGCAGCCCUGGGAACCAAAGCAGCCAUCCUGCAAGUGACAGAGAACAUGACUCCAGAGCCUGUGAUGUGUUUGGGAUACAUCCCAUUCUGAGCCCUGUUGGUCUCUCUGAUACUCAGGUGAAUGUGUUUUUUUUUCCCCCACACACAGUCUAUAUUGGAAGUGGAAGCAAGCCAGAGGGAAGAAGCAGUUUUGGGAUUCAAGUUUUGGUCUGGAUGAUCCUCAAGUUGAAGGACAGUUUCUCCUAAACUCACCCUCUGCCUCACAGGGAGUCAUCCACCUGGAGGAAAGCCCAAUGCCCAGUCUUCACUGAAGAGAUGAAGGUCUCGGACUAUAAAGGAACAAUCCUCUAUCCUCUAUGGGCCCAUUUUCUCAUUUAAAAAGAUGACGAGCCAAGGAUAAAUACCAGAGUCUAGUCAGACACAGUGUGACCCACCAAUACAUAUACAGCUUCUGACAGGAAGUCUUAGAAAAGCACCAGGACACCUCACACCCUCUGCUUGAGAGGCAUCAAAAGCCGUGAAAUCUCCCUUCUUGGAAAUGAAGGAAGCAUAUGCGCCUGGAACUCUCAAACAACACACACAGCAUUAAGAGUCACGCUUGAAUGUCAGCCUCCCCUCGCCCCUUACAGUUCAUGGCAGGAAGGAAAAGACAAAUUCAGAUAUGAGCAACUCUCCAGCUACUUUGGGAUCAUUUCUUUUUUGGGUGGUGAGGGGUCAUUUCUAAUUUGGAUCUGAAUUGGCUUUUACACACAGACCCUAAUCUGGGGGUGAAGCCAGUGAGGAGCGGUCCUGGACAGAAGUCAAUCUUGCCAAUUCCUGAAGGGUAGGCUUCCAGAGAGCCAACACGUCCAGGAGGCACUGUGACAUCCGUUAGGCUGGCUCCAUGAGCCACCCUUCCCAACCCCGCCACCCCUUCCUCCAUCUGAGCGACAGCUGCAGUCCCACUGAAGGGACCGCGUGUUCAGAGAGGCACACGUGUUUUCAGGGCAGAAGUCCUCUAAUGGGACCUAGAAAUGAAGUUUCAGGUCUGUCCCUUUAAAAGAAGGAAAGAUUAAAAGGCAUCCAAUUAGAGAUGUCACCUAGGCAACGGGAAAUAACUUGGGGAUCUGAGCCAUCCAGAGGGAAAGCAGACAUCCCCGUGACAGAGAUACCUAGACCACGAGGACUUAACAACAGGCAAAACAGCAGCCUACCCAGAAAGGUGAGCCCCAGGAACAGCACAGAAAACUUAAGACACAGUCAUCAAGGCUGCUUGAGCCAGGCAGGCUAGAAGGGGUGUCCAGCAAUCCUCUGACCGCGAACAGGACCGCACAAAAUCCCAUCCCCACAAGAGGGAACAGGAUCUGCCACCAGAGAAGAAAAGCUCGCCACCUUCCUUGGCAGUCUUCUCUGUCACCGCUGCUCCCUAACGUCUCUUCUGGGUUGCUCAUGCUGCAGCCUUAGCUGUUUUCACUUCUUUUCCUGUGCUUUGGCUUUGGAAGGAGGCAGUUGCAGACAGCUUGAGCACGCUUCUGAGGGAAUUGAAAGCAUCAUUCAAGGGAGCCAGGAAAGGGACCUUUCCUCCUCAGUAACCUCCCAGAGAAACACCAGUCCUCUAGUGUACAGCGGCAGAUCAGGGCUCAGUGGUAUGCAUGUACUUUUGUUCAUGUUCCCUUAGUCUACUCCCCACUUCUCAAUAAACAUUGUCUUUCACCUCAGGCCAAAGGGCUCAGUGCGCCAGAUGUCAGGGGCUGCUUCCCUUGGAAAAGCCAAACUCGCAAGGUCAGUGGGAUUGUCGGAGCCUAGACCCAGAGCUAAAGGGCUUGUUUUACAUCCUGCUUGAGGGCAAGCAUCGAGAACUAGACCUGCCUGACAAGCUGGGAUGGGUCGUCCUGUCAUUUCAGGGUUAUAGACAUUACUAGGGACCCCUUAUUUGGUGCAGGUUUCUGAACCCCUGGCUAAGAAAGUGCUCCAUUCUCUUAGAUGCUGUGGCCGCUCCCACCACAUGGGGGGUCUCUGAUCUGACCCACAGCUGGCAGCUCACAGUGCCCUCAGGCUCCAAGAGUUGCUUCCUAACCUUAGGCCCACACUCACUCCUCUCGUGCUGGGGCUGCAAGGCUCCUGUAAAGACAGCAUGGGCUCUAAGAAGCCCUUGUCACCCAGCUGUGGCCACACAGAGGCCAGAAUCCUAGACAGGAGCCCAGCCUUCUCAGAGCCGAGCAGGCAAGGGCACGCCUUGGUGCCGUGUUCAGUAAGAAGACCAAGUAGUCUGGCUGGCCCUUGUGUUCUCUGUCUGAAGCUAGUGCUUCUGUCUGGGUCUGGCAGAGGAGGCAGAAGGCUCAGGCAGCCUUAGGCCCUCAGCUUGUGGAAAAUGCCAGGCAAUCCUGGGCUUUUGCCAGGAGUGUCACAUAUUGCAGCCUCAUGCAUGCACACACACACACACACACACACACACGUGUCAGCUUUAUAAAGAGCUACUAGCCCCUUUCCCUAAAGAAAAAAAAAAAAAAAAAAACCCAGUCUGGGCUACCUUAAGAAGGAUUUUUGCAUUUUUAGCUCCUUGGAAAUCUGCAAGGGCCUGGAAAAUUCCUCCCUGUCUUGGGGGAGUUUCAUGAACACUUUGCACAAAUCUGUGUUCUAUACAGAAGCCAGCGACCAAACCCAAGCCAAACCCUGGAAAACAGCUGCUGAAUGUACUCAGGCUCCUCCAUCCCUCAGACAGGCCUCCCAGCAGAGCCCUGCUUCCUGCGCGCCCCCUCCCAGGUGGGUGAGGAGCAACCUGGCACAGCAGGAGCCAUGGGCCAGACGGCUCCAUCUUACUGUAACUUUUUACAUUUUUCACAAACAAAAAGCACAAUUGCACGUGCUCACUGUCUGGAAAGCACAUUCAGACAGACUGCUUGAGGCACUUCUGAGUCCAGAAGAGGCAUUGGCUGGGGCUCAUUUCUUUGUUGAAACAGUUGUUAGAAAAUGUGCUGCUUGGUGCUGCCAAAGGCUCCCUACUCUGUGGGGUGGGGGAGAGGAGGAGAGGGCUGCUGACAGCACUCCUGACCCCGAGGACAGGGCCCUCAGCAUGGACUCUGGCCCCUGGAGCAGCUCUGACACCUCCAGGCACCGUGCCCACCCAGCCAGACUCCACACUGAAGUGGUGAGAUUUCUGCACCAACCUGACCCAAGACCCUUCCCUUCCCCUUGCUGUCAGCCUCCUCCCCUUCCACCCCCAACCCUGUCCCCCCCUUCCACCCUCUCUUCCCUAGGGAAGCUCCCCUCUUGCUUUACAGAUCAUUUUCUAUGCUCCCUGUUCUCUUAGGAGGGACUUAGAGCAUGCGGGGCCAGUCUGCAGGAUUUCUUAAACAAUACAUUUAUUUUUUCGAGCAGCACUCCAAGAGAGGGUUUGAAGGGUGUUGAAAUUAACGAUGAAUAAAAUGCAGCCUGCCACCCCUU